AACUUGAAGGUCCACAACCAUAAAGCCUGCUUUUCCAGCCAUGCCCGACGUGUAUGAGUCGGCGGAGUCGGAUGCCUUAAAUGACACCUCGAACGGUGCAGCGCAACCUGUCCCCACACGAUCCAUUUAUGCGUUAACCCGCAAAGAAAUAACACGUGGAAUUGCGAAUCGCUUUGUGCACUCGCACACGUACAUAUUUCUCUACUUGUCCAUGGCAGCCCUGUCCGUGACAACCGUCGUGCUCAGUCUGUCUGACGGAUGUCCAGGGUUGUCGUUUUAUAUAUUGGAAAUAAUAAUUAACACGAGCAUGAUCCUGGAGGUCGGUGUGCGUUUUGUUGCGUUUGGUCGGCAAUUCUGGAGAUCACCGUUUAAUGUGCUGGAUCUUAUACUGACAUUGUUCUGUGCGGUCACUUUAUUGGUAAUAACAUUUGCGGGAUGUGGAGCGGGGAGUAAGGAAGAAGAAUUGUUAGACACUCUACUGCUUAUUGCACGUAAUGUCCUACAAUUCGGUCGUCUAGCAGCGGUCAUGCGACAGUCCGGCCAGUCCAUAUUUUCUAGGCCAAAGCCAAUCGAUAUCACCGCAAUCAGGAGAGCAGGCUAUACUAGCCUCGACUAUGAUUUGGAGGAUGACAAUCAAGAUGAUGAUCCAGAACUGGGUCGGCCAUUGGUGCAAGAUGCAGUAUUAUUUGAUGCACAAGACGACGAGCAACCCCCUCGCAUGUCAGAUAUGCCGCGGGCUGUGCAGGCUGUGCACGACCGUGACGAUGAGGAUGUCUGGGCGGAGUUGGGUUGAGGCGAGGGAUGAUCCACAUCCUAAGUUAUAUAUUCCAUUUCUUUUUCUGCAACGCACUCUACGCAGACAACCUUGCCAUUAAUUCUAUCCUUGCCAGUUACAAGCAGUAACAGUUACAGGCUGAAUCAACGGUCGGCACGGAUCAUCCCGGUUGGUGCUACCUGGCGAUCUGAGGUUCGACUUAUAUUGGAUAUCAGACACGUUGUAAACUUGACAUGUUAGUUAUCAUGAGUGCUC